CGACCAGUUCACUUCAGGAUCUUGUAAAAAUCAACUUAUGCGAUCUACGGGUUGCAUUUCUCACGUCAAGUCAUGCUAAAAUCGAACCAGCAGUCGUCUCGCAACCAAAGCUUCACAUUCAUCGCCCAGACACCAUCAAAGAAAUCCAAAGAGAUUCAAAGACUUGUCAGAAGUCGUGCACGCUCUAACUCAGCUCGAAAAGAUCAAGGUCGGGUCACAUCAUGGAUAUUAAACCAAAAGGAAGCACUCAUGACGUUACAGGUUCCUGAUGGUACUAUACCAGGCCGUGUUGGGACGAACUUCUCUUUACUUGAUUUUCCCGAGCCAUUGCAGCCAUAUAUGGAAAAUGACAUAUUUCGAUCUUUUCACGGGAUGAGAGGAUCACUAUAUCCUCCCGAAAUAUGUCUCCAAGUCGAUGAGAUGAAAUCAUCCUGGACUACAAACCUCCUAGUCGACCAAGUAUACUUCCACUCUGUAAUGUUCUCGGUAGAAGCAUACUUCGACAUGCUUCUUGGACGAGACUAUGGUAGUCUUGCACAUUUUCACUUUUUGAAAACGCUCAGGCUUCUUCAGGCACGAAUAAAUAAUCCUGCAGACCCAACGUCUAUUUCAGAUGCCACCAUCAUGGUAGUCGUUAUUCUGGGUCUGGCAGCUGAGAUGAUAGGUGAUCGGACAGCGGCUGAGAAUCAUGCUGCUGGGAUGGCGAGGAUAGUGGAUUUAAGGGGUGGACUUGAGAUGUUGAGGUUUGAUAAUCCCAGAUUACCAGCCAAAGUUUGCAGAGUCGAUAUUGGUCUAGCCCUUCGAUUCGGCUGCAAGCCUGUAUUCUUCAACAAAGACAUAUCCUGGAAUCCAUAUCUUUCAAGCCAAAAUUUACUCCGCCAUAAAAAGAAGUAUCCGGAUGCGAGCCACGAUAUGAAAGCCUUUUUGAAAAAUCUUGAUCCUAGGUUAUCAAACGUGUGGAGAGAUUUCGAAGAGUUCGCAAAUCUCAGCAACAUCGCCAGCCAAACUGGUCGAAAACUUCAACCCAACAUCUUUAGCGAAGCCAUGGUGUCGAUUAUUUACCGACUACUCGCUCUUUCUCCAGAAUCAGCUUCAGAAAACGCUUUUCGACUUGGAAUGAUGACGUUCGCUGCAAGUAUCUUCUUCAGAUGGAGAGAUAUGAAACAAAGACAAGCAUAUCUGGAUGGGUCCUUCAGGGACGCGUUAAUGGAGUUGAAGAAGGCUACAACUCAGCUGCCCACUGCUGUUUUUCUGUGGCUUCUGGUGGUUUGGAGAAUAAGUUCUGUACAAAUUGGUUGUGAUGAAGCCAUUGACGAGUGGUUCUUAGAAGUCAUGGAUGGCUUGGGGAUAUGUGCAUGGCCAGAACUGCAUGGGGCAUUGAAGUCUGUCCUCUGGAUCGAUUGCUUGUUCGAUGCACCAAGCAAACGAAUUCUUAUGCCUAUACUGGAGGAGGCUGCUGAAAAAGGGACGAAGGCUGAUCCAUGGGUCGCUGCUCAACAGAAUCUCGUGUCCUCUUAGGAAUUCUCAUAUUGAAUUUAACUUCUAUAUGGCUCCUUUACUUUCAAGCCACCCUG